GCCUGGGCGAUCUACAUGGGCGCAGAACAUGGCGACGAUGCGUGCCCUCGAGAUCUGGAUGGGCUACUCACCUGGUUUGGCAUCGUGGGCCUCGCGUUCCUCUUCGUGGGUUGUGGGGCCCUGGGUGGGUGGAGAAGCGACGGAGUCUCGGUGUGUUUGAAGAAAAAGGAGCCAAAGAGCCCAGACUCGGGUUGAAGGGAACAUCGUGUCAAGCCGUUUGUGUUUUUGUUCCCUCUCUAGGUGCUGAUGCGAAUGCGGAUCACAGCUCUUGGAUUGGUCUUUUACUGCGAACCAUUCUGCUUCUUCUUCCCUGGGUCGGCGCUGACUGGGUUUUCCACUUGAGGGCAGAAGAGCAGCGGCGGUGCGGGGCCGUGUUGGUUUUUGCCUCCAUGUGGCUGUGGACGAUCCUGCUGAUCUUGGAGUUGCUCGGGGCGUGCGCCCUAUGCUGGGGUGCCGCUGUCUUUGCGGAGCACGAGCUGUCCCUUCGCCACUUAGCAGUUCGAGGCAUGGAAACGGCUGAGGACAACAGCCCUUGACGUGUGCUUCGUUUGGAGCUCUUGUGUGGAGCGAACGCGCAAAAAAGAUCAAAAACGGUAUUCCUAUGUGAUCCUUUUGGUGUUCUGACUAUGAAGAAGGUAUGACAU